AUGACUUCUGAAUCUUCUAAACCAAGUAUACUUGUUCUUGGUGGAUUAGGUUUCAUUGGUAGAAAUUUUAUCACAUAUUUGGUUGAGAAUGAACUUGCUUCCGAGAUAAAAGUCGUCGAUAAAGUCUUGACAGAAACUGCUGGUUUAAACACUAAACAGGAAGAGGCGUAUCAAAAAGUUGAAGUCUUACAAAGGAAUUUGGCUAAUCCUACGAUCAUCGAAUCUAUAUUUAAACGAAAGGAUGGGAGUUCAUAUGAUUAUGUGUUCAAUUUAGCAGCUGAAACAAAAUAUUCACAAAAUGAACGAAUUUAUGAAGAGCGCAUUUUUAAUUUAUCAGUUCGUAAUGCAAAAGAAGCUGCCAAGUGUCGAGUUAAAGUUUUUGUAGAAGUUUCAACUGCUGAAAUUUAUCAUGGUGACAGAAAUCCAAGCAAAGAAGAUGAAAAAAUAAAACCAUGGACAGCUAUUGCAAAAUAUAAACAUAAAGCUGAAGAAGAAUUAAAAAAAAUUGAAGGUCUUAAUCUUGUAAUUUUACGACCUGCUAUAGUUUAUGGACCCGGUGCAACAAUUGGAAUAAAAAUGAAGUUUUUAUGGAGUAAAGAUUUGAAAAUCAAUACAGUUCAUGUGCUUGAUGUUUCUCGUGCUAUGUGGCAUAUUGCUGAAUGGUAUCAAGCUAAUGAAAAAGCCGGUAAAGGAACUCUAAUUUAUAAUUUGGCUGAUAUGGGCAACACUGAUCAAGAAAAAAUUAAUAAGCUAAUUAGUAUUAUGUUCAAUAUUCAAACUGAAAGUAAUGAAAAACAUAUGCGGCCUUGGUCUGAACUAUUAAAGAAAAAUAAAAUCAGAAAUACCCCACUUAGUCCUUAUCUAGACAAAGAACUUUUAUAUAAUAAUUCUUUGUCAGUUGAUGGCAAGAAAAUUGUCAAUGAGACCGGAUUCAAUUAUGAGAUUCCGGAAGUUACAGAUGUAAAACUUCAAGAAAUUGUUGAUGAUUUUAUUAAUUUAAAUUUAUGGCCGGCAAAGGAUUAA